UUGUCACAAAUCUUUAGUCUCAAUUGAAAAACUAACGCUAGGGGGAGCUGUGUAGCUCUGCAGGGGGGAAGGACACUUUGAUUGGGGAAGAACCAAGAUGGCUGACUUAACAUAAAAGUUUAUAUUUUUCCGUUAUUUAUUAAAAUUUAUAAAAGUACGUCGUAGAGUAGUAGUCCUGUAACGUGACCAAGACCGGUUUCUCAAGAAUUCCGUGACAUCUGGGGGCUCAGGCGGGAAACCGGUCAAUUGGCGAAAGUUUUUGGGUGGAAAUUGUAUUGUUUAUUUCAAAACGAAAGUAAACUGUCGACCCGUAUUCGUGGACAAUUUAUACGCCGGAGAGUAAUUGGGAAAUAUGAUUUGUUCCUUGUAAACAUUUUCUUAUUGUGGACAAGUAUAAUUUGCCAGAGGGCAACCUUAAUCGUUGGUUUUAAAGAGAUUUUGGAUUUAUCGUGUAUAUUAACAUAGAAUCGUGGACAAAUAUUUGCCAGUGGGCAACAUUGAUCGUUGGUUUGGAAGGUGUUUAAUCAUAUUUUGGCCCUUAUCGUGGAUAAUAACAUAGAACUGUGGAUAAAUAUUGGCCAGUGGGCAACAUUGAUCAUUGGUUUGGAAGGUAUUUGGUCGUAUUUUUGCUUUAUCUUGGAUAAUAACAUAGAAUUGUGGAUAAAUAUUUGCCACAGGGCAACAUUGUUUGUUGGUUUGGAAGGUAUUUAAUCAUAUUGUACGUGGCUUUAUUGUGGAUAUUGUAGUAUCGCUGACAAUUAUUGGCCAGAGGACAACUUGAUCUGUGUGUGUUGAAAAGACUGUGUAUUUUGACAUUUAAAAUUGAGCAUGGAAAAGCUUAUUGCACUGGGCAAAGAGUUUGGCUUUGAAGGCAAAGAGCUAUUGGCUUUUGUGAAAGAACAACAAGACGAAGAGAAACGGCGAGUCGAUGAAGAGAGAGAGGAGAGACAGCGAGAACGUGAGAGCAAAAAGUUAGAGGCUGAGGAAAGAGAACGUAUACGGCUACGAGAACUGGACGAAAAGGAAGAGGAACGAGAAAUGGGGGAAAGAGAAAAAGAAGCUCAGAGGAGACACGAACUAGCAAUGAAAGAACUGGAAUUACAGAGCGCGAAUGUUGAGGUAAAUAGUGCUAGUAUUAAAUCGGCUGCUAAGUUACCUAAACUACCAACGUUUGUUGAUGGUAAAGAUGACUUGGACAGUUAUCUGCAAAGAUUCGAACGGUUCGCUAAGAACAAUAAUUGGGACCAAUCAACAUGGUCGACUUCGCUUAGUGCAUUGCUUACUGGUAGAGCUUUAGAUGUUUAUUCCAGACUAUCAGAGACAGCCGCAGUUGAUUACAAGCAGCUGAAAGAAGCCCUUUUGAAAAGGUAUGAACUUACUGAAAGCGGUUUUAGGAUGAGAUUCAGGGAGGGAAAGCCAGAGGAUGGGGAAAGCCCAGAACAGUUUGUGACGAGAUUAAAUAGAUAUCUCACCAGGUGGGUUGAGUUGUCUAAAACUGAGACGACCUACGAAGGAAUUCGUGACUUGUUCAUUAAAGAGCAGUUUAUACAUUCCUGUCCAGAAGACCUAGCAAUUUAUUUAAGAGAGAGGAAUCUUGAGAAUUUGGAGGAACUGACUAAAACAGCUGAGCAAUUUCUUGUUGCUCAUGAGAAAAAACUAUCCAGUUCGUCAAAACCUCACAACAAAUCGAAGGUGUUGUCGAAGGGAAUGAAUUCGCCUGAUAGCAGUAAGGAAAGCACCCAUGAGAAGAGAAUUCAGUGUUUUAAUUGCAAGGGAUAUGGUCAUAAAGCUAGUGAAUGCCGCAAGCCGGCAAGACAAGAGCUUAGGGCUGAGAAACGAUGUUUCCUGUGUGACCGCAGUGGACAUUAUGCCAGAGAUUGUAAGGUUGCUGGGAGUAAGAACGGUCCCUUUAAAGCAGGUGCUGCUCAACACGAUAGUAGUGCGUUUAGUGGUGUCGGGCCCGAGCUUGAGUCCUGUAUCCAGAAUAAUGAAUUGUUAUUGGCUAACGGUACAAAGUUACCCAUUGUGAAGAGUGGUGGAUCUGUGACAGAGAGCCUGGGGAAGAACAAAAUGCCUGUUGUUAAAGGGCUGGUUGGCAAUACCGCGGUAGAUACCCUAAGGGAUACAGGGUGCAGCGGAGUGGUGGUUCGAAAGCAGUUCGUGAAGGAAGACCAGUAUACCGGCAAGUACUGUUAUAUACUCCUUAUUGAUAACACUGUUCGACAAGUCCCGAUAGUUAAGAUCCAAGUUGAUACCCCCUAUUUGAAGGGAGAAGUGGAAGCACAGUGUUUACCUGAUGCACUGUAUGAUCUCAUUAUUGGUAAUGUAAAGGGCGCCAGGGCCCCGGAUGACCCUGACCCCGAGUGGCAUGAAACUUGUGCUGUAACCACUAGGUCUCAAGCAAAGCGAAGUGAUAAACUUAAACCCCUAAAGACCCCAGAUGUUUCGAAUGGACUGUCAGUUGGUAAGGAAGACCUUCGCAAAAUGCAGGAGGAAGACCCCACACUAGAGAAAUACCGAAACAUGACUGACACUAAGACAAAGGGUGACCAAGAGAUAACCUUUAAAACUAAGGGCGGCGUUUUGUAUCGGUUUUACAAGAGUUUCAAAGGGAAAACCAUCCAACAAGUAAUGGUUCCGCAACCCCUCCGUGAAAGAGUAAUGGGUGUCGCACAUAGUUCGAUUAUGGGUGGACAUAUGGGUAUCCAAAAAACCACUGAUAAAAUUACAAGUAACUUUUAUUGGCCUGGAAUCCAUGGUGACGUCACUCGAUUUUGUCGUUCUUGUGACAUUUGCCAAAAAACCAUACAGAAAGGGAAAGUCCCUAAAGUGCCUCUACAAAUGAUGCCAUUAAUUGACAUACCCUUCAAGAGAGUAGCAGUAGAUCUGGUCGGACCCAUCUACCCACCCAGUGAGCAAGGACAUCGUUAUAUCCUUACUCUUGUUGAUUAUACCACCCGUUACCCGGAUGCGGUUCCCUUGAAAUCAAUUAGUACGGAAGCAGUUGCUGAAGCCUUGGUAGAUAUGUACAGUAGACUCGGUGUUCCAGAGGAAGUUCUUAGCGACUUAGGAACUCAAUUUGUAUCUGAGUGUAUGCAGGAAGUGUCGAGAUUGCUAAGUAUCAAGCAACUGUCAACUACGCCUUACCACCCGAUGUGCAACGGUCUUGUUGAGAAGUUCAAUGGCAGUCUGAAGAAUAUGUUGAAGAAGUUAUGUAGCGAGCAACCAAAGCAGUGGCCCCGUUAUAUCAAUGCCCUGUUAUUCGCCUAUCGAGAAGUGCCACAAGGAUCCACUGGAUUCUCCCCAUUUGAACUGUUAUACGGCCGCACCGUACGAGGUCCAAUGAUGAUUUUGAAGCAGCUGUGGACCCGUGAAGUAGAAGAUCCAGAAGUGAAGACCAGCUACGAAUACGUGUUCGAUCUUCGAGAGAGACUAGAAGAGACCGUGAAGCUGGCACAAGAUGAACUGAAGAAGUCUCAAGUAAGAUAUCAGCGUUAUUACAAUCGAAAGGCUAAGUCACGAAGCCUCAAAAUUGGGAGCAAAGUUUUACUUCUAUUGCCGACUGACAAGAAUAAACUCUUGUUGCAGUGGAAAGGUCCUUUCGUCGUAGAGUCGAUUGUCGGAGUCAAUGAUUACGGAAUCAAGGUUGGUGAUAAAGUAAAAACAUUUCACGCGAACAUGUUGAAGGAAUACGUCGAGAGACAAACCACGCAAGUCAAAGAGCGGGAAGAAGCGUCGCCAAAGAAAAGUGAUCGCGAGAUUGAAGGCAGUUCAGUCCUUCACGUUGCUGCGGCGGCUGUGAUUGAGCAAAGCGAAAGUGGUCCAGAAGGAGCCGUCGACGAUGAGAGCCUGUUAGAGCUUGGUACCAUGCAACCCAAAGAGACUGUCAGGGAUGUGACAUUCGGUCAACAGCUGAACGACGAACAGAAGGUUCAACUACAAGAAGUAGUCAAACAGUACGAACAUAUCUUUACUGAUGUGCCCGGUAACGCUAAUAUUAUUGAGCAUGAAGUUAAACUUACAUCAGACGAGCCCAUCCGGUCGAAGCCGUAUACGAUUCCUUAUAACGUUAGAGAGUCAUUAAAGAAAGAUGUUCGAGAUAUGAUUAAGAUGGGUGUUAUCCGAGAAUCUAAAUCACCUUAUGCCUCACCAGUGGUAAUUGUACGGAAGAAAGAUGGCACUAACAGAGUUUGCGUCGACUUCCGAAAGUUGAAUCGUGUUACCGUGUUUGAUCCAACACCGAUGCCUACGGCAGAAGAGAUAUUCCAGAAAAUGUCGAAAGCGAAAUAUCUUACCAAAUUGGAUCUGAGCAAGGGCUAUUGGCAAAUCCCAGUAGCCACUGAGGAUAUUCCUAAAACAGCGUUCGUGACCCCCGACGGUUCGUAUGAAUUUGUCAGAAUGCCUUUCGGGAUGAUGAAUUCUGGCGCGACUCUGGUGCGAGGUAUUAGGAAGUUGUUGGAUGAUCUCGAUGAAGCUGACAGUUACAUCGAUGACAUUAUUAUCUACACGGAGACGUGGGAACAACAUCUCGUCGUGCUUGACGAAGUGUUCAGUAGACUUGCCAGCGCGGGUUUCACGGCGAGACCGACGAAAUGUGUCCUAGGAGCUGAAUGUAUCGAAGUGGUCGGUCACCGAAUAUCUGAUGGAGUCAAAGGGCUCCACGAAGACAACGUGAAGAAGAUUAGAGAUGCGAAGCGACCGAGAACGAAGAAAGAAGUUAAAGCAUUUCUUGGCCUUACUGGUUAUUACAGAGAGUUCAUCCCAAAUUACGCGGCGAAGGCGGUUCCGUUGUCAGACCUGACUAAGAAGGGACAACCAAACCAAGUCGUAUGGUCCGAUGCACAAGAAAAGGCCUACAGCGCACUGAAAACAGAGCUUACGAGUUCGCCGAUCCUCCGACUGCCUGAUAACGCGAAACCAUUUACACUGAGAACUGAUGCAUCUGACACAGGACUCGGAGCGGUAUUAUUGCAGGAGCAUGAUGGUAAACUUUCGCCAGUUAGUUAUGCUAGCAGGAAACUAACGGAAAGCGAGAAGAAGUACAGUACGAUCGAGAGAGUGUCUCGCGGUAGUUUGGGCCGUCCGAAAGUUCUUGAUAUUCCUUUAUGGAACAGAGUUUACAUUGCAAACCGACCAUCAGCCUUUGGUCUAUUUGAAGACAGCGAAGUUUCUCAACGACAGAGUUAUGAGAUGGGCGAUGUUCUUGCAAAACUAUGGUAUUAAGAUUGAGUCUAUCAAAGGAGUCGACAACGUUGGUGCCGACUACCUCAGUAGAGUUUGUUAGAGACUUGUUAUAGACUAGUUUGAUAGUCAAGAGACGGUGUCUGAUACUCAUUAGAGACUUGUUAUAAACUUGAUAUACAUUCAAGAGACGGUGUUUGAUACUCAUUGGAAAAGAUUUGCGUUUUGUUAUGAAAUUUUGUAAAUUUCUCAAAAAAGGGAGUCAUGUCACAAAUCUUUAGUUUCAAUUGAAAACUAACGCUAGGGGGAGCUGUGUAGCUCUGCAGGGGGGAAGGACAUUUUUGAUUGGGGAAGAACCAAGAUGGCUGACUUAACAUAAAAGUUUAUAUUUUUCCGUUAUUUAUUAAAAUUUAUAAAAGUACGUCGUAGAGUAGUAGUCCUGUAAUGUGACCAAGACCGGUUUCUCAAGAAUUCCGUGACAUCCG